ACUGGUAGAAGACUGGAUCUAGAUAUGUAUUUCCAAAAUAUAGAAAUGGUGAAAAAUAAUGAAAAUAGUUCAUGACAAAAAAUACUUAACUAUUACCUCAACUGAAGGACAAAGGCAAAAGUGCCUCAAACAGGCUAAACACCCAUAACCUCAAGCAUCUGAGUAUGGUAUAGCUAAACUAACAGCAUGUUACCAAGACAAUGAUCUAUACCUGAAUGAGGAGAAAGUGACUAAAUGGUAGGUCUAUUACAGCAACGGACAGAAGUUACAUUUCGUAGCAGGUUAGGAGAACUUUCUAAAAUUCUCACGACGCAACUAAAACAUGCAACUUUUUUACAAUAGCUUUACACCAUCUAGCCACAAUGAUGCUAAAAGGACAUGCCCUAACCUAUUAUUAGCGUUUCUGAUAAACAAUGAAAACACCCCCACAGCAGGAGAACUCAAACACAGAGAGGUGGACAACCUGUGUCUGAUGUUGCGUUCAUAACAUUUAGUAAAUUCGUUAAUACCAGCAUACCACUGGGGGAAAACGUGUUGCUCCCAGUUUACAAGUAGUACUACCUGAGUUCCCCACUUGUAAUGAACGGAGCAUGAAGCCCUGAACUGACCUGGGCGUGCUCCCCUUGGAGCCAGGUCAACACAGCAAUGGUGAGUAGAACAUGUUGGCGAUUGGAACAAAGAAAUUAAACAAUUUCAACAACAAUUAAAGGUUGUGUAUGUAACCAGAUUCUGCUGUUUAUACAUACUGUUUAAAGGAACUAGUGAUAGCAUAGUUAGGGAAAUGUCCAUGUGACAAUAGCUCUCAGGCACAAAUCCCAUAUACCUACCUACAUGUCAAAUAAAAUUAAAUAUAAUUUUAUUGGUCACAUACACAUUUAGCAGAUGUUAUUGCGCGUGUAGUGAAAUGCUUGUGUUUCUAGCUCCAAAAGUGCAGUAAUAUCUAACAAGUAGUAUCUAACAAUUUCACAACAUUACACACAUUUAAAGUAUGUUAAAAGGGUACAAAAAUCUACAAAAAGGAACUACUACUGUAUAUUCAUGAGCUAGCUACUCCAAUGUUUUUGCAUCAAAAGGAGUACUGAGAGCACCUCUUGUAGACAGUGUGGACUGUGUAUGCUAAAAUAGGUGCCUUACCUAGGCUCCCUGCCUCAGAGUUUAUACAGUAACCUCACCAAAAACAGCCUUGUUUCAACUAGUGGUGUUGACUCCCCACUCAUCAUUUUCCAGCCACACCUACCCUGAGUAAUUACCUUUACACGCACAGAACAGCCUCGUCCAGCCAGGGGGCUGGCUGCGGCACAGAAUACAAAUGGCCCAUAAAAAUGCCUUCAACUGCCAAUUAGUCAAGCAAGAUAUGUACUGAGCUUGCUAUUAAUAACCUAUUACCACAAGCCGGACAAAGAUGGCACAGCCUAAUGAGCAUUUGAUUGUCAUAUUUGUCUUGAAUGCUGUUAAAGAUUACAAAUGUCAGAGGGCAAACAUUGUCAGUAGUCUCUUCUGAUUUCUUGCUGAAGUUUGUAUUAUGGGGAGUUUUUCCCCCCUCCGUUCCCAAAGUAUAGAAGGACAGUGGGGUGUGAAGGCAAUCCUCUCUGCUACAGGGUCGAGUGUUUGGGUCAAGGCCAUGGCCAAGGUUUAGUGGCUGUCAGGCGGCAAUGAUAGAAAGGUCAGCCCAAGCAGAGCUCAGGGCAGAACAGACGGGUUCAUAUCAAGGUUAUAGUGUGCUUUAUGCUACACAGCAAAACACUACUAGGCUGUGAUGAACUGCAGCCUUAUACUAGGACACAGAUGCAAAAUAACAGUAUUCAUCAUUGUGCUACUGUUAUAUUACUACUGAGUAAUGCUAAUGGUAAAUAAAAAAAUAACUGCCUCUGUAGCUCUGGGGAUAAAAUACAUUGUUCGCCACAUGAUUUCUGUCAUUGUGUUUCAUAGCAGUCCAUCAGAUUCUGCUGUAAAUUAAAGUUAUCUCUCAAUCUGUUCCUAUAAGGGCUCCUCCUCCCCUGUGUCUAUAAAGCAGCUCAAUCUUCUAACACCACCACCCAGCAGCAACCCCUUAGAACAAGGACACGCUGAUUAAAGACACUAAUAUCCAAAUAAUUACUUUUUACUUGAUUUAUAUAGUUUUCGCACAGUACUGGGACACAACAUUAGCAAUGUGUGAGGUAAAUUCAUUGUUCUAAGUCUUUAUUCUGUCUCCACUUCCUCCAGAUUGGUCUUGCAUUUUGGAUCCAAUGACUGAAUGAGCUUGGUUCAGUGUUGCCAGGCAUGGAGCAGAUGGAUUGUAAGCCUUACCAGUCGUUGUCCAAGGCCCGGAAUGAGAUGGAGCUCGCCUACACCAGCUCCUCAGACGAAAGCGAGGACGGCAGGAACCUUUGCAAAUCCUACACAUCCCGAGAGACCCUGCCCGACUACGGCCAGGAGAUGAGACUAAACUACAACAGCCACAGAGCCAAGCGGAAAACAGUGGAGGAACACACUGGAGACCUGGAACAGCUAGCACGGCCCAGUUACCAGGCGGAACUGCGCUCUGCCCCCCAGCACGGCUACCCGCUGGGCAUAGGCUCUGAUGUGGAAACAGAGACGGAGGGUGGGCCCUCGCCCGACCACGCCCUCAGACUGUGGAUGCAGGAGAUCAAAUCAGAGCACAGCUCCUGUCUGUCCAGCAGAGCCAACUCUGUCCUGUCGCUCACCGACACUGAGCAGGAGAGGAAGUCAGAUGGAGAGAACGAGCUCCCCAGCAGUCCACCAGCUCAGUUCACCUUCAGACCCCUCCCCCCACCUCCACCCCCUCCCCACGCGUGCACAUGUGCCCGCCCAGCCCCUCACGCUCACGUUUCUGAGGCACUGCAGAGGAACACCCUGCCGGCUCGGAGCCAGGCGAUGGACGGAGAUCCCACUCUGCCGGCCGACAGAGACAGAGGCCAGCUCCACAACAGCUGGGCCCUCAACAGCAACAUCCCCCUGGAGACCAGGCAUUUCCUGUUUAAACAUGGCUCAGGCUCCUCUGCACUGUUCAGCGCUGCCAGUCAGAACUACCCUCUGACAUCUAACACAGUGUACUCCCCACCCCCACGGCCCCUACCCAGGAGCACCUUCUCCAGACCCAUGUUCACCUUCAACAAGCCCUACAAGUGCUGCAACUGGAAAUGCACUGCCUUAAGCGCCACCGCUAUCACCGUAACCCUCGCUCUUUUGCUCACAUACGUCAUUGCAGUGCACUUGUUUGGGCUGACCUGGCACCUGCAGCCAGCAGAUGGGCAGCUCUAUGAGAAUGGACUCAGCAAACUGGACAGAGACUCAGAGAGCAUAGACAUAACCUUCACGCCCUUCGGUCUGCCCGGCCUCAACAACACCAACAAAGGAGCUAUUCCAGAGGGGAAAGCGAUAGACCGAGGGGAGGUGGACAUUGGUACCCAGGUGAUGCAGGUCAUUCCCCCAGGUCUGUUCUGGCGUUUCCACAUCACCAUCCACCACCCUAAGUAUGUCAAGUUCAACGUCUCCCUGGCACGGGACGCCCUCUUGGGUAUCUAUGGACGGAGGAACAUCCCCCCUACACACACACAGUUUGACUUUGUCAAGCUCCUGGACGGGAAGCAGCUGAUCAAACAGGAGGUUCAGACGGUGGCGGAGGAUUCCAACGCGUCUCCCAGGAACUUGAUCCUCUCCUCCCUCCAGGAGACGGGCUUCAUAGAGUACAUGGACGCUGGAACCUGGUACCUGGCUUUCUACAACGACGGAAAGAAAAUGGAACAAGUUUUUGUUCUGAGCACUGCCAUCGAAACCAUGGACGGCUGCUCCACCAACUGUAAGGGGAACGGUGAAUGUGUAGCAGGCCACUGUCACUGCUUCACCGGCUUUCUGGGACCAGACUGCUCAAAAGACUCCUGUCCUGUCCUGUGCAGUGGGAAUGGAGAUUAUGAGAAAGGUUACUGCCAGUGUCACCCGGGCUGGAAGGGCCCAGAGUGUGACAUCCAGGAGGACCAGUGCAUCGAUCCCACCUGCUCCAACCACGGCACCUGUGUCAACGGCAUCUGUAUGUGCAGCCCUGCCUACAAGGGCAACAACUGUGAACAAGUGGACUGCCUGGACCCUCAGUGUUCUGGCCAUGGUGUGUGUGUGAAGGGGGAGUGCUUGUGUUCAACGGGGUGGGGAGGCCCAGACUGCGAGAGCCCCCUGCCAGCAUGCCAGGAGCAGUGUUCAGGCCAUGGGAAAUACCUUCCAGACUCUGGCAGCUGUACCUGUGAUUCCAGCUGGACUGGCUCUGACUGCUCCACCGAGGUGUGUCCGGUGCCCUGCAGUGCCCACAGUGUGUGUGUGGGAGGGAAGUGCCAGUGUGAGGAGGGCUGGGACGGGCCAGGCUGUGACCUGCAGGCCUGCCACCCCCGCUGCCAGGAGCAUGGCCAGUGUAAGAACGGACAGUGUGAGUGCCACCCCGGCUGGGAGGGAGAACACUGCAGCAUCGCGCAUUACCUGGAUCUCGUUGUUAAAGACGGCUGUCCAGGCCUGUGCAAUGGCCACGGUCGCUGCACCCUGGAACAGAGCGGGUGGCACUGUGUGUGCCAGGCGAGCUGGAGCGGCAUGGGAUGCAAUGUCGUCAUGGAGACAGAGUGUGAUGACAACGCCGACAACGACGGAGAUGGCCUGAUGGACUGUGUGGACCCAGACUGCUGCCAGCAACCUAGCUGUCACAGUGGGCCUCUGUGCCAGGGCUCCCCGGACCCCCUAGACCUGAUCCAGCAGAACCAGACCCCCUACGCCUCGCUCCUCUCACGCCUCUUCUACGACCGCGUACGCUUCCUGGUUGGAAAGGGCAGCACCCAUGUCUUCCCUGGCGACAUCCCGUUCGACAGCAGCCGAGCCUCAGUGAUCCGGGGGCAGGUGGUGGCACUAGACGGGACCCCACUGGUGGGAGUGAACAUCAGCUUCCAGCAGUACCCUGAAUUUGGCUUCUCUGUCAGUCGCCAGGAUGGCAGUUUUGACCUGGUGGCUGCAGGGGGCAUCUCAGUCUCCCUGAUCUUCCAGAGGGCUCCCUUCCUCAUGCAGAAACGCACCAUCUGGUUACCGUGGAACCAGUUUGUGGUUGUAGAGAAGGUCACCAUGGCGAGGGUUGAGUCUCGCCCCCCUGUGUGUAACCUGAAGAACCUGGUCAGUCCGUACCCCAUCGUCCUCCCCUCCCCUCUCAUCCGCUUUGCCAGAACCUGUGAGGAGAGAGGCCCAGCCAUCCCUGAGCUGCAGGCUGUCCAAGAGGAGAUCACCAUCCCUGGCAGUUUCUUAAAGCUCACCUACCUGAGCACCCGCUCCCCUGGCUACAAGGCUCUGUUCCGCAUCAUCUUAACCCACUCCAUCAUCCCCACUGGCCUGGCUAAGGUGCACGUGUCCACCGCCAUCGAGGGACGACUCUUUCAGAAGUGGUUCCCUGCCGCCCCCAACCUGGUCUACGUCCUGGCCUGGAACAAGACUGAUGUCUAUGGGCAGAAAGUGGUGGGCCUGGCCCAAGCUCUGGUCUCUGUAGGCUAUGAGUAUGAGUCAUGUGCUGACUACAUUGUGUGGGAGAGAAGGAUGGCUCAGCUGCAGGGCUUUGAGAUGAUUGCCUCCAACCUGGGGGGCUGGUCCCUGGACAAGCACCACAUCCUUAACCUACAAAGCGGUGUUCUACACAAAGGGAAUGGAGAGAACAUCUUCAUCUCCCAGCAACCGCCAGUCAUCUACACAGUGAUGGGGACGGGGUACUUGCGCACCAUCCCCUGCCCCAACUGUAACGGGCCUGCCCUGGGUAGAAAGCUCUACGCUCCUGUCGCUAUCACCUGUGGCUCUGACGGCAGCAUCUACGUUGGCGACUUCAACUUCAUCAGAAGGAUUCUUCCCAAUGGAUUCGUCAUCAGCGUUUUAGAAUUGAGGAAUCGAGAUCUCAGGCACAGCUCCAGCCCAGCCCAUAAGUACUACUUGGCCAUGGACCCAGUAAGGGAGGCCCUCUACUUGUCUGACACCAGCAGCAGGAGGGUCUACAGACUCAGGACCCUCACAGAGCCCAAGGACCUGGCCAAAAACAUGGAGGUGGUGGCAGGGACGGGGGACCAGUGCACCCCCUUCGAUCAAGGCCACUGUGGAGACGGGGGCAAAGCCAUCGAUGCCUCCCUCAACAACCCCAGAGGGAUUGCAGUGGACAAGCAAGGAUUAGUCUACUUUGUUGAUGGAACAAUGAUUCGCAAGAUCAAUGGAAAAGGAAUGAUAUCAACUGUCAUUGGUUCCAAUGGCCUGACUUCCACUCAGCCGUUAAGCUGUGACGCCCGCAUGGAUAUUUCACAGGUUCGUCUAGAAUGGCCCACCUACCUGGCUGUCAACCCCAUGGACAACUCCCUGUACAUCCUGGACAACAACAUAGUGAUCCAGGUGUCAGAGAGCAGCCAGGUGAGGAUCGUGGCGGGCCGGCCCAUCCACUGCCAGGUCCCUGGGAUCGACCACUACCUGGUCAGCAAGGCAGCUGUCCACUCCACCCUGGAGGCAGCCAARGCMAUCRCMGUKUCCCACCAGGGCACRCUCUACAUCGCYGAGACGGACGAGAGGAAGAUCAACCGCAUCCAGCAGGUCACCACCAACGGGGAGAUCUCUGUGGUGGCCGGGGCGCCCACUGAGUGUGACUGCAAGAUCGACCCCAACUGUGACUGCUUCUCCGGCGAUGGUGGAUAUGCCCGUGAUGCCAAGCUGAAGGCUCCCUCCUCCCUGGCUGUUUCCCCUAACGGGACUCUGUACAUCUCAGACCUGGGGAACAUCCGUAUCAGGGCCCUGUCCCCCAACAGGCCCCAGCUCAACCAGAACAGCAUGUAUGAGAUCACCUCUGUGGUGGACCAGGAGCUCUAUCUGUUCAGCGUGAACGGCACCCACCUCCACACCCGCAGCCUGGUCACCGGAGACUACGUCUAUAACUUCACCUACUCAGGAGAGGGCGACGUGAGCGCCGUGGUCUCCAGCGACGACACCGCUGUCCACGUGCGCCGUGAUGCCAAUGGCGUGCCCCUCUGGCUGCUGGUGCCCGGGGGUCAGGUCUAUUGGCUCACUAUCAGCAACGGGGGCGUCCUCAAGAAAGUCUCCGCCCUGGCGCAUGACCUAGCGCAGAUCAGCUACCAUGGCAACUCAGGUCUCCUGGCAACUAUGAGCAAUGAGAUUGCCUGGACAACGGUCUAUCAGUAUAAUUCUGAUGGUCAUCUCAUCAAUGUCACCUUGCCAACGGGAGAGGUCAGCAGUUUCUACGGCAAUAUGGAGAAAUCAGUGCGGGUGGAAGCAGACACUUCAAAUCGGGAGAAAUUCAUCACAGCCACAAACUUCUCUGCUGCCAGCACUAUCUAUACAUUACGCCAAGAGCAUGCUCAAAACACAUAUCGUGUGAGUUCSGACGGCUCUCUGUGGGUGACGUUCGCCAGCGGCAUGGAGGUGACCCUGAACACGGAACCCCACAUCUCGGCGGGCGUGGUCAACCCCACAGUGGGCAAGUGUAACAUCACCCUUCCGGGCGAGAAUGCUUACAGCGUCAUCGAGUGGAGGCAGAGAAGAGACCAGGCGAAAGGGAACUACACAGCCUACGAACGCAGGCUCAGGGCUCACAACAGAAACGUGCUGUCCAUAGACUUUAACCAAGCCACACGAGUAGGCAAGAUCUAUGACGACCACCGCAAGUUCACCCUGCGGAUCCUCUAUGACCAGAUGGGUCGUCCCAUCGUCUGGUCUCCCAGCAGCAAGUACAAUGAGGUGAAUGUGACCUACUCUCCAGCGGGCCUGGUGACCAGCAUCCAGAGGGGCAACUGGUCAGAGAAACUGGAGUAUGAGAAUGGGAGGGUGGUCUCCAGGACAUGGACCAAUGGGAAGAUAUGGAGCUACACUUUUCUGGAGAAGUCGGUCAUGCUGCUGUUGCACAGCCAGCGGCGGUACACCUUUGAGUAUGACCACACGGACUACCUGAUGUCUGUGACCAUGCCCAGUAUGGUGCGUCACAGCCUGCAGUCUAUGCUGUCAGUGGGCUACUACAGGAACACCUACAGUCCUCCAGACAGCAGCGGAGCCUCUGUGAUCCAGGACUACAGCCAUGAUGGCCGUCUGCUCCAGACUCUGUACCUGGGCACGGGCCGCCGUAUCCUCUACCGAUACACCCGCCAGUCCCGCCUGGCAGAGAUCCUGUACGACACCACCUUAGUCACCUACACCUACGAGGAGACCUCCGGGGGGGUAAAGACCAUCCACCUCAUGAACCAGGGCUUCAUGUGCACCAUCCGCUACAGACAGACAGGUCCUCUGGUUGGGAGACAGAUCUACAGGUUUAGUGUGGAGGGCCUGGUGAAUGCCAGAUUUGACUACAGCUAUAAUAACUUCCGGGUCACCAGCAUGCAGGCCAUGAUUAAUGAAACCCCUCUUCCCAUUGACCUUUACCGUUAUGUUGAUGUGUCAGGAAGAAUUGAACAGUUUGGGAAAUUCAGUGUCAUAAACUAUGACCUCAAUCAAGUGAUCACUACACACAUCAUGAAGCACACUAAGAUAUUUAAUGCCAACGGACAAGUGAUCGAGGUCCAGUACGAGAUCCUGAAGUCUAUUGCCUACUGGAUGACAGUGCAGUAUGACAACAUGGGCCGCAUCACUAUCUGUGACAUCAGGAUUGGUGUGGAUAACAAUAUAACACGCUACUCAUACGAGUAUGAUGCUGAUAGUCAGCUCCAGGCUGUGUCUGUGAAUGAUAGGCCACAGUGGCGCUAUAGUUACGACCUCAACGGCAACAUUAAUUUACUGAGUCAUGGCAACAGUGCCAGACUAACGCCGCUGCGCUACGACUUACGAGACCGCAUAACACGACUCGGAGAAAUUCAGUACAAAAUGGAUGAAGAUGGCUUUCUUCGCCUGCGGGGCAAUGUCAUGUUUGAUUACAACUCCAACGGGCUGCUUGCCAAAGCGUUUGACAAAGUGUCAGAGAGGAGUGUUCACUACCGCUAUGACGGUCUGGGCAGGCGGGUGGCCAGCAGGACCAGUGACGGCCAGCAGCUGCAGUACUUCUAUGCCGACCUGACCAAACCCACCAGGGUGACCCACAUGUACAACCACUCCAGCUCUGAGAUCACCUCGCUCUACUACGACCUGCAGGGACACCUCAUCGCCAUGGAGCUGAGCAGUGGGGAGGAGUACUACGUAGCCUGUGAUAACUCUGGCACGCCACUGGCCAUCUUCAGCAGCCAAGGACACAUAGUCAAGGAGAUGCUCUACACCCCUUACGGAGACAUCUACCAAGACUCAAACCCUUCCUUUCUGCUGAUCAUCGGGUUCCAGGGCGGUCUCUAUGACGCGCUGACCAAGCUGGUCCACCUGGGGAGGAGGGACUAUGAUGUGGUGGCUGGGAGGUGGACCACUCCCAACCAUAACCUGUGGACGGAGCUCAGCAUCAACCCCAAGCCUUUCAACCUCUACUCCUUCAAAAACAACUACCCGGUUGCAGAGUUACAGGAUGUCACCAAGUUCACUACAGACAUCAGCAGUUGGUUGCAACUGUUUGGGUUCCAGCUCCACAACGUUGUCCCUGGUUACCCCAAGCCGGAGGUGGAGAGCAUGGAGCAAACCUAUGAAAUGAUGAAGACUCAAACCAAGACACAAGACUGGGACCCUAGCAAGGUUCUGUUGGGUAUCCAGUGUGAGCUGCAGAAACACCUAAAGAACUUCAUCUCUCUGGACCGACUGCCUAUGAGUAAGGUGACUGGUCAGCUGGGGGCGUGGCAUGGCCGGAGGCCCCGCUUCUCUGCCAUCUCCUCCAUCUUUGGAAAGGGUGUCAAGUUCGCCAUCAGAGAUAAUGUUGUCACCACCGAAAUCAUUGGGGUUGCAAGUGAGGACAGCCGGCGUGUGGCAGCAGUCCUAAACCACGCGCUCUACCUAUCCGGCCUGCACUUCACGGUGAACGGUCUGGACACUCACUACUUUGUCAAGCCCGGCCUGCUGGAGGGGGACCUGGGAGUGGUUGGCCACAACGGAGCGGGUCGCGUCCUGGAGAACGGCGUCAACGUGACCGUGUCCCAGAUGACGACAGUGGUGGAUGGGAGGACUAGGCGCUUCGCUGACAUCCAGAUGCAGCACGGGACUCUGUGCUUCAACAUCCGCUACGGGGCCACAGAGGAAGAGGAGAGGGAGCAUGUGCUGGAGGUGGCCCGGCAGAGGGCGGUGGAGCAGGCCUGGGUCAUCGAGCAGAGGAGGCUGGAGGAAGGAGAGGAGGGCUCCAGGCUCUGGACAGAAGGAGAGAGGCAGCAGUUGCUCACCACUGGACAGGUUCCCGGCUAUGACGGCUACUUCGUGCUCCCCGUGGAGCAGUACCUGGAGCUCUCUGACAGUGCCAACAACAUUCACUUCAUGAGGCAAAGUGAAAUAGGGAGGAGGUAACAGCGGCAUCGUGCUUCACUACUGCCGUGGGUUCCCCUUCACCAAAGACAGUCUGUUUUUAGACACAAUGAUUUGUUGUACCGUUUUUUCUAGAAUGAUGACGAUAAAUAUACAAAAAAAAGACAACUGCCUUUAAGUGACAAAUGAUGGUAUUUUGUUUCACCUGUGUUCUGAUUGUUUUGUUUCUUCUGAGAAUUAAUUGAUCAUUUGAAACUCUUGACGGUCUUUCAUUUUGGAGUUACUUGGCUAGCUUAUGUAAUUUGACCUACUUUGUAAGCUGUUAGAUAUGCUGAAUCUGAGAUGACAGACUCCGUAUCAAGUUCAUUACCAUAUAAUUAAUCUUUAUACAUACUGUAUCUAUAACAGUGUAGUGAAUUGCUGUCAUUUCAGUUUAUACAGUGCAUAUCUGUCUGCGAUCUCUUGAGAAAUGGCAGUGACAGCUACUGUCUUCGUUUGUGACUAUGAGACUCACUGGCAUCGGGAAUUUUGCUGCUUUCUGCGUAUUUAAAGUUCUGGUGGUACAAUGGAGUAGAUUGUGUGGGUUUAGACACAUGACAUUGUAUAUAGCAAGUGCUUUAGCGAGAUACAAGUGCUUAACUUAAUAAUGUGUUGUUACUGAUUAUUAAUCGUUAAUCCUAUCAAUAGAAUUGAUCACUGGAGUUACACAGAGCAACAGGAAAAAGUAUUCAUGCUGAAAACCUGUACAGUACAGUUUACUUUUUUACAAAUUGCUUAUUGUAAAAUAUCAUGUAUUAUCUGGGUGGAGCUUGUGCCUUUCUGCUCUUAAAAAAACUUUGAAGGAUGACAAUUUAAUCAAAACAUCUCCUUCCAUACCAUGAAAAGUGUUAUUAUUUAUGUACUGGACUAGAAUCCUUAUGGACUGGAGCUUGCAGGGCAGACUAUAGUGCCCUAUGCAAAGUGCUAAAUCAUAGUGUAAAUGUUACAGAAAACCUCAUAUUGUAAUUCACAGAUAUUACAUUCAUUGUACCUUAAUAUUCUGAUGCCAUUACAAGGCACUCCUUCCCAGUCCCUGAUCAGUUAUAUCUGAGCUAGCAAGUCAAUUGGCAGACAGUGCAGUAGAUAAGUCUCUGCCGCCAAUGUGAAAUCCAAACGUCACAAAUUAGUUGUGUAAGAAUUGUACUGAAACGAUGAUACGUUUGUAAAGAAUGUCCAUACAUCUAGGAGAAGGCCCAUUUACAGUUAUCAAGUGGGUAGUAUAGACUUUACAUAUCAGAACAGGGUGAAAAGCAGAAAGAGAAUAGAACAAAUUCACAGUGGGUAGCUUACAAGAGUCUGACUGUGCACUAGUUACGGGUCAAAUGUAGUGAAUGUGGAGGAGGAUUUUUCUAAGAGAAAUGCACACAUUGAGUAGCUGUUUAAAACAGAUAAAACGGUCUGGAAACAUCCAUUUUUUUUAAAUAUUUACUCAACAUGUAUUUUGUCUGUSCUUAAUUUACUACAACAAAGUCACAUUGUGUUUCAGCAUGUCAUUCUUCUGUAAAAAGAUUGCAAGUACUGUAUGCCGUAUGCCUCGGCGUCUAGUAUUCCACCAAAAAUGUGAGGAAAUUAGAUGUGCAUAACAUUUCACCAUCUUCACAACAGCUGAAAUAUUUUGAAUGCAGCCCCAAUUAAACAAGCCUUAGUUAAUCAAUAGUUUACUCAGUCCUUUGAAACAUCUAAGAAUCCUCAUUAUUUCCUAUUUCCAAAGACAAACUUUCAAGUCUGGGAUGAUAUUGAACUAUUUAUUAUUUAUACAUUUUUGGCUCAGAGUAUGACCUGUUUGGAGCUGGAGAAGAAGGAUUGAAAAAGUGAAAGGUUGUCCAGUUAUCCACCCUCACACAUUACCCAUAUCCACAAUUUGGUUGUAUUGUUAAGGAUUUUUUAUAAUUGGGAUGUGUAUGGUUUGUGUACUGACAUUUGUUUUCCAUGCUUCUCAUACAGAAAUGAAACAUUAACACUGUGGAAAAAGGCUGAACCUAAAGCAUGGAGUACAAAGACAAACACCCUAUAUUCUGAUAAUCACUUUAAUACUGUCCAGUUCAUCAAAAAUAUAAUUCUGUGCAACCGUAUCUGUUGUUUUUUUACUUUAAUUCUCAUUGGGUUGUAUUGCAAAAAUGAAUUGUAUAAAAUAUAGGCUAUAUGGUAUACUAUAUAACAUAUUUUGGGUAAAUUAAUUGAUAGUACUCCAUAUAAUUAAUAAUGCUCUGCCCAUUGGUGUUCAUAUUGAUGAUACUGUCUCAGUUGGGUAACUCCGAGAGCAAAGACUUUGCCAAGAUACAUUUGUAUGGUAUGAAAACACUGAUAUCGCUUGAUUGCAUUUUCUACUCUGGGCUUUGACCAAGAGGCAUGCAUUUUCUGCAAGUGCUCCAGGAAGUGGGUGUAAAUAAUGAGAAGAAGUUAAUAUAUUGGGUGUGGAAAGUUCAUAUUUAAAACAAGGUACUUUGAAGGUUUGACUUUUAAUAAAUAAAUGUGCAAAUUCUUUA